GCCUUAUCGAGGUGGCGCCCACACACCGCACCGACCAUGAGCCCUCAACGUGCAUGCCGCCUCUUGGCGACAUUCAUGGGCACCGCAGGAAUGGCUUCGGCCUUCCUCGGAACCCCGGUUGCGUUAUCUUCGGCUGCAUCAAGACCAACAGUGGCGUCAAGUUCUGUGAGGGCACGAGGGAGAUGCGCACCAGGAGCGGUGUCGGUGUCCAUGGGGCUGGUGGACGCUGUUCCCGACAAGCUCAAGAACGUUUUCGCCUCCAAGCCAAAGCCGACGUCGAGAAGGGGGCGCACGGAGGGAGCGGAGCUGUACCGAACGCUCGGGGUAACCCCGGAUGCGGACUAUUUGGAGGUGAUGGAGGCGUGUGACCGGCUAAAGGUCAAGUACGCUUCAGACCGCAAGCAGGUCAUCCGGGUUGACAAGGCCAAGGACGGGAUCUUGUCGUUGAGACUCAACCAGGCCGUCAAGGGUAACAUCAAGACAAACGAAGAGGCCCAAAACAUGGACAGCUACCUCACCGCCAAGGAGGCGUACAUCAAGCAGAGGGACAGCCCGUGGCAGAGGCCGACAUGGGCGAAAGGUUGGGUUAAGGUACCCGACAAGGUUCACGGCAAGCGGUGUGCCACUCGACACGGCCUCAUGGCGCUGUUUGUCCUGGCCUUCCCCUCGGCGGGGAUGGGGGUGAAGCUUAUUGGGGGUAUGACCACCUUCGGCAUGACGAUGAACAGGGAUGGGCCGGAGCUGAAGCGGGAUGACAACGGACAAGUGGCAGAGGUCAGGCUGCCGUCGAAGCUGUCGUCAGCCAUGUCCUUCCUCGCCGUGAUUGGCAGCAUCUUUGUGGGAAGUGCUGUCGGAGGGACCUUUUCCCAGUACAUCGGGAACCGGAUCUUGAUCAGGGACACGUGGAUGGACUUGUCUGUGGCAGUUUUUCCUGGGGAUGGCGUCGGCGUUCGUCACAACAUGGCGGGACCCCUAUUCCGGGCCUUCUGUCGCCAAAAAGCGGGGCAGGCGGGGAGGCGGUGGUGGAGAUUGAUUUGAGUUGGGUUUAGUCUAGAAGUCGUGAUUUUCUUGUGUCGUUCAUUUUGUUUUUUUUUUGCUCUUGGACUCCGCUUGUUUUUGUUUUUUAAAUGACCACGGGAGGAAGGCCUUUUCGCGUUCGUCGACCAUGCGAACGCUUCGUUGUGCGAGAUAGACGUUGUGUGGAGCCAUGGAGGAGAGAAUAUCACAACGAUUUGCCAUUGUGGGAUGGCGACGACGAUAACAAUCGAGUUAACCUCAAAGUCUAGGUACGCAGAGACGUGUUUUCUCAUCCAUGCCGUGUAUAGGUUUGACGACGCGAUUGCAUUGGUGGAACUUUUUUUGUUUCAGAUCUCGCCAGUAGAGUGCAAGCAAGGCGUGGAUAGAUUAGAAGAGGAGUGUUUCGUGGGAUUCCGGUCCGUAGGCGAUCACGGGAUUCCAUUCCAUAAGCGAGGAGCCCGUUUGGCCGGGGCGGUGCUGCUGGUAUCUUUUCAUGGCUGAGGCCACCUUUCGCUGAAAUGAAUGAAGGUGGCUCAUUCACCCGCGGCCCAAAGUGGCACGGCCGAACGGUUCAUGAAUGAUGGAUUGGGUUAUCAAGUG